AUGAAGUUUAUUUUUGCUUUCCUUUUAUUGGCUACGCUCUCCAUGGUGGUAAAUGCUAUUCCACAUCAACUUCUUAAAAGAACUACUGCCUUUAAUCAAUGUCCUCCUACAACAUCUGGAGAACAACCACCACCUCAACUCAAUGUCGUACUUUCAUCUGAUCCUGUCAUUCCUGGACAAACUGAUAGUUUUACUAUUUCUGGAACACUAAGUCGUCCUGUCACCGAUGGCGACAUUACCGCUGUUGUAUUUAUUGAUCCUGUAGCUAAGGCUCCCAUAAGUGAUCCAACUAGUGCGCCAGCCGACCCUAAAACACCAUUUUCUCAAGUAUUGAAUGUUAAUGUGCCAGCAACAUUACCUGAUCCAUACAGUAUUCUAGUUGGUGUUGUAAAUACAAAAACUGGGGAAAUUAUAGGCUGUGCUGAAUCUGCAGAUCUUGACUAUUAUCCCAUCCCAUUAUUAUAA